AUGGCUGCUGCCGAUCCAGCAAAAACUUUUGAGGAUGAAGCUUCUUGUCCCAUCUGCCUGGAGUAUUUUAAUGAUCCGGUGACUCUAGACUGCGGGCACAAUUUCUGCCGAGCCUGCAUCACCCAGUGCUGGGAGGGAUCGGAUACAGAUGUCUUCUGCCCCUGCUGCAUGGAGAUCUUUCCCCAGGGGAACUUCCGGGCCAACAGACAGCUGGGGACUCUCGUAGACCUAAUCAUCAGACAGCUGAAGGAUGAGCAACAACCGGCCAAGCUGGGAGGGGACGGGGUGUGCGGGAAACACGAGGAGGCUCUGAAACUGUUCUGCGAGGAGGAUCAAACCCCCAUCUGUGUGGUGUGCGACAGAUCCCGGGAGCACAGAGCUCACACGGUGGUUCCCAUUCAAGAGGCUGCCCAGGAGUACAAGGAGCAAAUCUGGAGACGGCUGGAUGUUCUGGAGAAAGGGAGAGAAGAGAUUCUAGCUCUCAUAGCGCGUGAAGAAGAGCAAAGGCAGGAACUGCUGAGACAAAUAGAAAUUGACCGGGAGACGAUGGGGUACCGAUUUGAGAAACUGCACACAUUUCUGCAAGAACAAGAGCGUCUCUUUCUGGCCUGGCUGGACGAGCUGGAGAAAGAGGUCACCGCCAGAAAGGAUGAAAACGUCUGCCGACUCACCGAGGAGGUUUCCUGUCUCAACGCCCUGAUUGGGCAGAUGGAGGAGAAGUGUGAGCAGCCUGCGAGUGAAUUCAUGCAGGAUGUCAGAAGCACUUUGAGCAGAUGUGAGAUGGGCACAUUCCAGGCUCCAGCGCCUGCUUCUCCUGAACUGAAAUGGAGACUCUGGUUGUUUUCUCAAAAUUUCGCUUUCCUCCAGGAUGCGCUGAGGAAGCUGAAAGUGAAUCUGUUGCCUGAACCGAAACCGGACAGAGCUGAAGUGACUCUGGAUCCAGACACGGCAAAUCCCUGGCUCGCCGUGUCCGCGGAUGGCAAAAGUGUGCACUGGGGAGUCGCCUGGCAGGAUCUGCCCGACCAUCCCGAGAGAUUUGACCCUGCUCCCUGCGUGCUGGCCUCUGAGGGCUUUGCCUCUGGGAGGCAUUCCUGGGAGGUGGAAGUUGGAGAAGGGGCAGUCUGGGUCGUGGGAGUAGCCCUGGAGCCUGUUAAGAGGAAAGGCGCGAGCACGUUUACACCGGAGCAGAGGGUCUGGGCCGUGCGGAAAUACUGGGAACAGCACUGGGCCCUCACCUGCCCUGAAACUCCUUUGUAUCUACAUGGGGUCCCUAGGAGGAUCCGGAUUUAUGUGGACUAUGAAGGGGGGUUGGUGGCGUUUUAUGAUGCUGGCAACGAGGCCCCGAUCUUCACUUUCCCACCAGCCCCUUUUGUGGGGGAGAAAAUCCGCCCGUUCUUUGAGCUGCUGAGUACAGGCUCCCAGAUCAAACUGUGCCCCUGAGACACAGGAUAAACCAUCCCAGAUUGGCCUUGGUCCUACAUACAUUAGUAAUAGGGCUUUUCCAUAGAAGCAAUCAGUAUGGUUGCCUCAGGGAUGGUUUUGUCACCAGUGGGGGAGAAGAUGGUCCUCAGAAUGAUAAAUAAAAAGCUGGUGAAGUAAACAAUCAAUUAGGAUGUGCACCACACUAUGAGAGACGUCUGGAGGAGCCCUGGCAUGCAGAUCACAGGGGAGAUUUAAAGAUGAAUAUGUACGUGUCCACAGUACUUCAGCACCUACAGGCCCCAGCUGAGAUCAGGGCCCUGUUGUGCCGGGCACUGCACAGACAGGGAGAAAGAGUCCCUGCCCAGCUGAGAUCAGGAAUCCAUUGUACAGAGCAUAGGUACCGACUCUGUGGGUGCUCUGGGGCUGGAGCACCCAUGGUGAAAAAAUUGGUGGGUGCUGAUCUCCGCCUCCUCCUCCUCCCCUGAGGGUGCCGGGUGCCCGCUU